AAUUCAACCGUCGACGGUUUGUGUCGCGAAGUUAUUCCUCAAAAGUAAACAUUAUCGCGUUCGUAAACAAGCAUCUCAUUGAAACCGGAAAGGAUUUUUUCAAUAAUUACCCUCCUAUUGAUCCAACAACCAACAACCCGAUCUGAGCAUAAUGUCCAUCCCUCUGGACGCACGGGAGAUUUUGAGCCAUCUGAACCAGCUCGGCUAUCGGCACAUCACCCCGGAGCAGUUGAAGGAAUUCCAGAAAGAUCUACGAAAAUUAAUCAAAUUCGAUACCCGGAUAAGUGGUGCCACGGUGGACCGAGAAGCCCUGGCGCAAGCCGCCCAGCAAAUGAACACAUUCCAACGGUUGCACACCCUCACAACGGUCAGCUACAAUGCGAAAGUGACCCGAAAGGAACCCUCCGCCAAACAGCAGACCCAAUCUGCAACGGUGAACUCGCGGAAUGAUGGUGGCUCUCGUGGAGUGUUGGAUCACCAUAGAUCGGAGAUGGUGACUCCGGUAGCGGAAGAGCACGAUGGAAAAGAAAACCAACUAUCCGGAGGAGGGAAGCCAAAGAAACUAAAAGCGGAAAAGGAAAAUCCGGCCGCCAAUAAGAUGUGGAUUCGACCAAGGAGUACCAGUGCAAACAGCUUCCGCAAAAAUGACCCUGUCUCGUUAUAUCACGCCUACCAGAAAGAUUGGAACCGAUUCAAGAAUCAACUUCCAGGGGAAAACGAUCAUUCCGAGCUCCGAUGGCAAAUUCGUACCAAGCUGCUUGCCGAGAGAAAGUCUGCGCAUUGAUUGUCUAGUUUGAUAAGCUUACGAAUAUGAUUCCGUUCAAGGUAUUUAGAAGACCUUGAUUCCGUCCUUUACUUGACCAUACAUGGCAUUUUAUGAUUAUGGAACUUUUAUAGACUGAUAAUUGGAAUAACUAGAAUAAAAUGAACGUGUUGCAUCGAU